UUCGAAGGACGAACUUGAAGCACAAAGCAUAAAUGAUUUCUACUAUUUCAGCUAUUUGUUCAUCAUCAAAGAAUAGUCUUCGUACAACUGCUACACGUCGCUUAUCCGCACCACCAAGGAGGACUCAAAGUUCGAAGUCAAAGUCGACUUUGAAUUUGGGCUUGCUGAAUAUUGAGGAUGCGUGUUUCGAUGUGGGAGCGUCUGCGAGUACCACCGCGGAGAACGACAACCAUGAAUACAUAGCACCCACACUCCCGAGAGACUCACGCGCACCUUGUCCGGGGUUGAAUACGUUGGCGAACCAUGGAUAUAUCCCUCGUUCUGGUCGACAGAUCGAGUUUAUACCACUAGUAUGUGCGAUAAUGCAGGUGUACAAUAUAUCGUUGCCGCUAGCGCUUCUUUUGAGCAUUCCGGGGUUUUUGAUAUACGCGCAGUGGCAGAUGUGUUGGGUAUCCGAGUCCGAGUCCAGCCUGAGGAUUCCAUCACUGCCAUCAAUCUCAUACACUCUGACACUGUCCUCCCUAUCGUCGUUUGGGCCGGGAUUGAAAAUCGCACAUCGGGCGUCGUUGGUGCAUCCGAAUUAUCCGAGUCAGUGUCCUGAUCAGGGUAUGGUGGAGGAGGUGUUGAAGUCGAAGACGGAGAGUGGAAGGGCAGGGGAAGAGGGAUUCAGUUUGGAGGACCUUGCGAGAUUACGUGUAUCAAGGGAAAGGGUAUCUGAAUUGGACUUGGAAUCGGAGAGGUGUAGGUUGGAUAGGGUACACGAGCAGGUUGCGCUGGGAGAGAGUGCGUUGACGUGGUUGCUUUUCGCCCAGCAAGCGCCAAUGUCAGAGUCGUCAGCAAUGUCAUCGUCGUCUUCGCUCUUGUUAUCAUCAUCACUACCCUCCAUCCCUCUUUCUUACUUCUCGCAAUGGUUCGGCGAAGAACGUAUCCCGGAUGGAUGGACUCGACCAGCGAACACGAUUGGGUUGCUUGAUGCGAGGAAAGUGGCUGGUGUUGUACAGCAGAAGAUGAAUCGACAACGAUGAAGAAUUUUCCCCCAUUACGGUGACUUCUCCUUCUCUGCCAAGCACGCUGUAUGUAUAUGCCUGAGGUCGUUUGUAUUUCAAUCAAACAAGCA